AUGUACAGACCUAAGCUCAAACUCUCUUCAGCGGAAAUGCAACAGUUUCUGGAGUUUAUUAAAGAGAGUACUCAUGGGCCAGGUGGUACGUGGUCAAUAAAAAUAUAUGAAGAAAUUAAAGACAAAUUAUUAAAAUUACAUCCGAUGGACAUUGAUAAAUUUACGCAAGCUAUGGUUGAUGAUUUUAUCGAUAAAAACUCUUCCUGUUUAUGUCGUUAUAAAACUGCUCAGUUGUUUGCUUUCAUGAAAUCGAAAAAUAUAAAUGGAUUCAAUGAAUCUAUACAACGUAGAAAACCUGAAUUAUUAAAUUUAUUUAUAACAGAGUCUCAGGAUCAGUUGAGUAGUGCUGUACACGGAUACAUUUCUUCUCUUUUCUCAGAUAGUUCAUCUAAGCCAAUUUCAAAUACCCCUCCACCCACCAUUUAUAUUUAUCCGAAAUCCUCUAAGGAAAAACCAUCAUUUACACCUCCGAUGUAA